AUGCUAAAACAAACGAAAAUAAAAAAGCAUUAGAAUGAUGGGCUGACAUUGCAACCUAAUCUUGAUCUCUUCGCAGGGUGCCUGAAUAUUUGGGACUAUAUUCAGUUCUAACUUUUUCUAAAAAAUUAGAAUAGAAACUUAGCUAUCCAAGACAUACCAAUGAGAGCAUCUGAUAGCCUCUAUUUUAAGUUUAUGCAGGAAAAAAACCCAAAAAAGAAGAGACUUUAGGUGUUCUCAAAUCUGAUUGAGAACGGAAAAAACUACAUGGUAGUUACUACUAUUAGAGACAUAUCAGAAUGGCUGGAGUUGGUGAAAGAAAAAAAUUUGACUUUAGCUAAAACUCAAGCUUUUGCAUCAGCUGCUCAUGAGUUUAGGAAUCCUCUUAGUGCAAUCGUGAAUUCUCUUGAUCUCCUUAAGGACUACAUAGACCAUGAAUAAGCAUCUAAGUAUUACAUGACUGCUAAGAAUUGUUCGAAUCUUAUGCUAUACCUCGUGAAUGAUAUUUUAGACUAUAGUCAACUGGAAUCAUAGAAACUCCUCCUAAACAUUGAAGAUACUGACAUUAAACAGUUAAUAGAGGAAUGUAUUACAGUGCUGAGAUUUAGAUCAGAUCAUAAAAACAUAGAGCUUAACUAUGAAAUAGAUGGAACAUUUCCAGAGUCAUUUUUGUCAGACCAAAAUAGAGUGCGACAAAUACUGAUUAAUCUGAUAUCAAAUGCUAUAAAAUAUACCAAUGAAGGUUACAUCAAGGUGCACUGCUACAUGGACCUAGAUGAUGGGAUGCUUAAUAUCGAGGUUGAGGAUUCUGGAGUCGGAAUAGAUGAAGAUGAAAUAAAGCUCCUUUUCAAUGCUUAUGUGAAAAAUACUAAAAAUAGAAGUUUAAACAAAGAGGGAUGUGGGCUAGGCUUAACAAUAAGUAAAAACUUAGCUAAGGCUCUUGGGGGUGAUAUAAAAGUCAGAUCUCAGGUAGAUCAGGGAUCUGUAUUCACUUUGGUCCUGCCCUUUAACUAUUAGAGAUGGGAUAUUAAUAUCAUAAGAAGACAAUCAAACAAAUUGCAAAGAUUUCUUUUAUCUACUUCAAGCAACAAAUCUAAUAGGUAUGCAUACCCCCCAAGCAAUCGAGGUAAUUCGCAAACAUCUUUGCAUGUUCCUCAGAAUCACAAUAGAAGAAUUAAUUCCUUAUCUUAAGUGUCUAACAAGUAUCAAAGAGUAGAUUUUGAAACUCCAAAGAGUCAAUUUUUUAGAAUUUAAAAUCUAAAUUCUCAGACUGACUGUGAUGUAACCUCCUAAAAAGAUGAUUUAACUUAAGUACAUUAAACAGAUCAAUAUUAGAUAUAAGGUAGAAAAAGUUUAUUUGAGAAAAAAUAAUAAAAUUAGGAAUCACCCCAUCGUCAUAAGAAUAAAAGUUAGUACAGUUGCUUCCGAGAAAUUCCUCAUCAUAAGAAAAGACAGAAUAAAUACAGCAUUAAUAUUAUUAAUGAUCAUUCAAUGCUUGACUCUUCAAGAGACAUGCUUGUAAAUUCACCAAAAAUUUAAGAAAGAACAUUCGUGAAUAGAAACUCAAAGAUUUUUAACAAUUAAAACAGAUAAAUUGUGAUUAAUCAUGAAUCUAUAGAGAUAGAGGAUACCAACUUUGCUUCUAUCUAAAUAAAAACUUGCUCUUGCCCUAAAAUUUUGAUAGCUGAUGAUGAUCCAUUUAAUAUUAUUGGUGUUGAGGGAAUGAUUCAGUCAAAGAUCAAAGAUGCAAAUAUUGAGAAGGUAUUCAACGGAAGAGAUGCUCUUGAUAAAAUAGCUAAACGCUUUAAAUAAUUAAAUAUUAAUAGUCAAAGGAAUUCAAGUAGAAAUUUAAAUAAUCUUAAUGAUGGAGCAUGCCUCAAUCACGAGCCAUAUAAGUUACUGCUAUUUGAUAAUCAAAUGCCGUUGAUGUCUGGGAUCUAAGUUGCUUAAGAAUUGAGGUAAAAAUAUUCAGACUAUUUUAUUAAAUAUGGUAUCAAGCUUGUCAUGAUAUCAGGAGAUAAUUACUACUCAAGUGAUGAUGAAUUCAAGCAGCUAUUUGAUUACAUUGUUACUAAACCAAUAACUAUGGUUAGUUUGACAAAUAUUUUGAGAUCUUCGCAGUUGUUAUGA